AGCUGGAAACGUUUCCGCCACUCGUUUAGAUCAUCGCCGAAUCCUGCGUGUCUGAGCAGCGAAUACGAGCGCAGGAUAACUUCCCACACUCGAACACACCAGAACCCGACCAACGCUGUCAGCACAAUUUUUAACUCUCCUACCCUCCCCUCUCUGCCCUGCUGCUCAGCUAUCAUCUCUCCCCCAUCUCUUCUUCCUCUCAGACAGACAUAUUUCCUUAUCCCGACAUAUCCAAAUACACCGAACGGCUAUUUAGGGUUUGGUCUAAGCCAAGAAUGACCGCGGCGGUGGAAUCCCUCCAAUCCCUCACCCCGCGCGACAUCCCCGCCCACCAUUCCCGCUCCCUCUCCGACUCUUCUUCUUCUCCUUCCAAGAAGAAGCAGUCGAUCCUCUUCCCCUUCCGCUUCUCCGCGAAGCCGCACUCUUUCUCCUCCUCCUCCUCCUCCUCCUCCUCCUCGCUCCCCUUCCGCCGAAACCCUAGCCGCCCCCGAUUCAGUUCGUGGGACGGCCCCAUUUUGUUCAAUCCGAAGUGGUCUCCUUCCACCGAGAUCCGCGCGAAGGGCUCUCGCGAGCAGGGGAGCGAGAGCCCUCCUCCCGGGGAUAACCCCACCGACGCCGCGUCGCCGAAGAGCGGCCAAGGGAUCAACAAGCCCGCCGCGGCGUCGCCGAAGCCCCCGCCGUCGCCUUCCUCGCCUUCCCCGUCGGCUCCGCCGCGCCGCGAUAAUCGCCUGAAGGGCGGGUUGUGGCGCCGCGGCGGCGGCGGGGGCGGCGGCGGGCGAUGGCAGUGGCACCCGAUAAUUCCGGCGCAGGAGAUGGGCGUCCUUCUUCUGCAGCUCGGGAUCGUCAUCUUCACCGUGCGGAUGCUCCGCCCCGGGGUUCCGCUCCCUGGGUCGGAGCCGAAGCCGCCGACUACGUAUAUAAGCGUGCCGUUCAGCGAUUUCUUGAGCAAGGUUAACAGUGAUCAGGUGCAGAAGGUGGAGGUGGACGGGGUGCAUAUAAUGUUUCGGUUGAGGUCGGAGCCCGGAGCUUCGGAGGUGGAGGCGAGACGGCCGGAGCCGGAGGAGGAGGAUUUGAUUAGGAAUGCCGCACCAACGAAGAGAAUUGUGUAUACUACGACUCGCCCGGCGGAUAUUAAGACGCCGUACGAGAAGAUGAUUGAUAAUCAGGUUGAGUUUGGAUCGCCGGACAAGCGCUCCGGCGGUUUCAUGAACUCCGCCUUGAUUGCCCUUUUUUAUAUUGCUUUACUUGCUGGGGUUCUGCAACGGUUCCCAAUAAGUUUUUCUCAGAAUACAGCAGGCCAGCUGAGGAACCGAAAGAGUUCGAGCUCUGGCGGAGCAAAGGUAUUAGAGCAAGCUGAUGUUGUCACGUUUGCUGAUGUGGCCGGUGUAGACGAGGCUAAAGAAGAGUUGGAAGAAAUUGUGGAGUUCCUUAAGAAUCCAGAAAAAUAUAUCCGGCUUGGUGCUCGACCUCCUCGAGGAGUCUUGCUGGUGGGUCUUCCUGGGACAGGUAAAACACUUCUUGCAAAAGCUGUAGCUGGGGAAGCUGAAGUUCCCUUCAUUAGUUGUUCAGCUAGUGAAUUUGUAGAAUUGUAUGUGGGUAUGGGUGCUUCUCGAGUACGAGAUCUAUUUGCAAGGGCAAAAAAGGAGGCACCAUCUAUCAUAUUUAUUGAUGAGAUUGAUGCUGUGGCAAAAAGCCGUGAUGGUCGAUUCCGAAUCGUCAGCAAUGAUGAGCGAGAACAAACUCUCAACCAAUUGCUAACUGAAAUGGAUGGAUUUGACAGCAACUCUGCGGUUAUUGUUCUGGGAGCAACUAAUCGUGCAGAUGUGCUGGACCCCGCACUUCGCCGUCCAGGGAGGUUUGAUCGUGUUGUUAUGGUUGAGACUCCUGACAGGCUUGGAAGAGAAGCUAUUCUAAAAGUUCACGCAAGCAAAAAGGAGCUUCCUCUUGGGGGAGAUGUAGAUCUACAUGAUAUUGCAUCCAUGACAACUGGUUUUACUGGAGCAGACCUUGCGAAUUUGGUAAAUGAAGCUGCUUUGCUGGCCGGGAGGUCAAAUAAAGAAGUUGUUGAGAAGAUUGACUUCAUCCUUGCUGUUGAACGCUCCAUAGCGGGUAUAGAGAAGAAACAUGCAAAGUUGCAAGGGAGUGAGAAAGCUGUGGUUGCACGACAUGAAGCUGGUCAUGCAGUUGUUGGGACUGCUGUUGCAAAUCUGCUUCCCUGGCAACCACGUGUGGAGAAAUUGAGUAUCUUGCCGAGGUCAGGAGGUGCAUUGGGUUUUACCUACACGCCUCCCACCACAGAGGACAGAUACUUACUAUUUAUUGACGAAUUGCGUGGCCGUUUAGUCACUCUUAUGGGUGGACGUGCUGCAGAAGAAGUUGCUUAUUCAGGCCGAGUGUCGACUGGAGCAUUGGAUGACAUAAAACGGGCCACAGAUAUGGCUUACAAAGCUGUGGCAGAAUAUGGCCUUAGUCAGACGAUUGGCCCAAUAUCACUGGCGACAUUAUCAGGUGGUGGGCUAGAUGAGCCUGGAGGAGUAUCUCCUUGGGGAAGGGAUCAGGGCCCUUUAGUGGAUCUUGUUCAAAGAGAGGUAAAACAGUUGUUGCAAUCUGCACUCGAAGUAGCUCUUUCUGUAGUUCGUGCCAAUCCUACAGUUUUGGAAGGGCUUGGAGCAUACUUAGAAGAAAAAGAAAAAGUGGAGGGCGAGGAGCUGAAAGAGUGGUUAAAGUUAGUCGUAGCCCCUGCAGAACUCGCAUUUUUCAUUAGAGGCAAGAACACAAAUCUUCAACUGGAAGCUGGUUCCUAGGAUAAGCCACCAUCAAUAGUGCAAAUACUUUGAUAGGACUUUCUUGAAUAUUUCCAAAUGUGCAUUGUAAGGUAGCCCAACAGUCAUAUUAUAUCCAAAUUUAGGUUAACUUAUCUGUAUAUAAUUAUGUUUCUUAAUUAUAUAGAGGAUUUUAACUAUAGUCGUACCAUAAUUGCAUUCAGUUAUGCAGUUGUAGUUUUUUCUUCUCCCACCCCCUGUGACUGCUUAUUCUUUAUGACGGGCUAUAUGCUGUGUUGAUGGAUGGGAUGUUGAUGUUUAAUAAUACUAUUACUUUGACAAUGCCUGUUGUUCGGAAAUAAAAGGCUAAAUUGCGGAAAA